CAAAACGCCACAGCCACAAAUGGCCGCAACGUUGCCACUGUCGUUAAUCUGAGCGGCGAACGCCAGCUUCGGAAUGAAUACACGAUUUAUUGUUGCCGCCCGAUUACGUGUUGCUCCACAUUUCUUUCCAUCCAAAGUCAGGGAAAUGUAUUAAAGAAUUAGUGUCCCAGCUAUGUAUCCAUAUAAAAUGACGCAUCAGCAAGUCCUUAGGUUUUUUUGUGGAUUAAACAUCGCUUUUGGUAUCGGACUUGCCAUAUUGGAAAUUUCAAUAUGCAUAGCCAAGCUGAACGAAGUGGGCUCUUCCGCCGAUCCCGAAGAAAUGAUGGGAUUAGUGACAUCCUUUUUAACCAUCUUCUGUGCCGUUAUUGUCAUUCUCCUUAACAGCCUGGUAAAAGGUUAUACGGUGCGUGACCGCAUUUAUGAGAUCCUGAACUGCACCAUGACCUUUGGCUGUUUUGCUCUCCUCCUGGCCGUGGUAAUUGUCUUCUUCAGUCGCACCAUUGUCGAUCCCGGCGGCAUCACCGUAUCUCGUAAUUUGUACGGGUUGAAAUUAACCGCCAUCAUAUCGGCUUUUAUUUUGCUGCUGACGAUGACCAUAACGUAUUUUUUGUGUGUGUAUUCUUGUGGGCGGGUGGUAGCGUGCCGACAGUUCGAUCAGACCUUCACUAGCAAAGUAACGUACAGCUCGGUGAAUAAGACGACGCCGGACUACCCGGCAUCCGGUCCGGCCGCAUCCGUCAAAAGCGAUCGGACAUUACAAAGUGAUGUGUUUCUGGAGCCGUCCGAUGCCGCUGCUCAGAGGAAAUAUCUGUCGGAAACCGAAGGGAAGACGUUCAGUUGUUCUACAGAUACGACGCUUUCGGAUUUUUAACUCGUAUUGAUCAAAGUUCUCUGUGCCUUAUCAUUGCUGUACAAAUCUCUCCUUUGUCGACAUGCUAAUUUAUUUUUAUCAGAAGUCUGUUGAACGCAAUCAGAGAAUUUUCUUUUAUAUACCUCACUCUGUCU